AUGGUAUCAAUUUUUAGGUUCUGGCCUAGCUUUCCGCUGCCGUCACGCCUCCUCACGCGCCACCGCGCCGCAUCUCCCCUGCCGCCGCCUGUCCACUCCGCGACGCCGCCGCAGCUUUCCCCGCAAGCCGCCCGCGUGAUUCCACACGCCGCUCCAAUCGCGCGCUGCACGCUGCCUACCCGCGCGCCGCCCCGCCGAUCCAGUCGCGUCCUCCCGCACCCGCCGGGUGUUACCCGUUGUCGCCACCAGCGCCUCCCUCGCAGCACCCACAAGGGGGAGGGGGCCGCGCAGCCGGCGUGGCGGCGGUCGCCGCCGCCUGCAGCAGCAGCAGGCCCAGGACGCCGGAGGGGGGCGCCACACUAUCAGCAGGCUCUCCCCGCUGGCCACGAGGCGUUCAUCGGCGCGCCCUUCCAGCCGAUUGUCGCCGGCUACGGCGCCCUCCUUGUGCCGCUGCCUCUCGGUGGUUAUGGUCCGCCUGUCCCGGCGCCGCCCUAUGGGGGCCUUCCGCCGCCGCCGGUACCUGCGCCACGGGACCCCACCCUCCUCGCCGCCCAACACUCCGCGCCGUCGCCGAGUAGCUCUGUCGGUGGUGGCGACUGGUACAUGGACUCAGGUGCUACUGCGCACAUGGCAGCUCAUCCCGAUUUAGUCACCAACCUAGUUUCCGUUCGUCUUCUUACUCGUGAGAACCCACUUACUGUUGAAUUUGACGGUGUUGGCUUUUCUGUGAAAGACGCUCGUACCCAGAUGGACCUUCACCGAUGUGACAGUCCCGAUGAGCUCUACACCGUGCACGCCGGCGCCUCCACAUCCACACCCGUCGCCCUUGCCGCCGGCGUUGACCUUUGGCACGCUCGCUUGGGUCACCCCAACCACACUGUUCCUACGGCUUUGGCCCCUUCGGCGCCGGCCCCCGCGCCCCCUUCAUGGAGCGAUGCGUGGCGGCAGCCCCCGGCGCCCCCCCCGGCACGGUGCCCUAUACCGCCACCACCUGGCUUUGUGACUCCCUCCCCCGAGGUUGAGUCCGAGCGGGCCCCCGGGUCCCCUUCUCCCUCAUACGAGGUUGAGCCCGGCACCCCGCCCGCCCACCCUGCGACGGGCUCGACGUCAUCCUCGCCCGUCGCCUCUUCCGCAGCCGGCUCGGCCGACGCUGCUGCCGCUGCGGCCCCCGCCGCCGCCGCCGCGGCCCCCCCAGCCGCACCGGGUGCCCCCGCCGCCGCCACCCCCGCCGGCCCUGCUGCCCCGCCACUUGGCUUGACACUACUAGGAAAAGGGUUAUAG